AUGAACGUGCAAGUCAGCUCAAGGGCGGAAAGUCCAUCGACUUCUCCUCUGACAGACAGCUUCGGGCGGUUUCAUGAUUACCUUCGCAUCUCUCUAACAGAGCGCUGCAACUUGCGGUGCAAAUAUUGCAUGCCGGAGGAAGGAGUCCAGUUGUCUCCGUCUGAGAAGCUCCUGACGAGUGAGGAGAUCUACAGACUUGCGUCUCUGUUUGUCAGAGAAGGUGUAUCCAAGAUUCGACUCACGGGAGGGGAGCCGAUGGUGAGAAAAGACAUUGUGGAUGUGGUGGCUCGGCUGGGGAGCUUGAAGGAGAGGGGAUUGGAGACGUUGGGUAUGACAUCCAACGGGAUUACUCUAGGAAGACACUUAGACGUUUUCCUGCUCUUCACUUCUUACUUCCCUUCAUUCAUGCAGGGGGGAUUGGAUGCUGUGAAUAUCAGUCUUGACACGCUGAUAGAACCGAAGUUUGAGCUGAUCACGAGGAGAAGGGGUUUUUCAAGAGUGUUGGAAUGUAUAGAACAAGCUGCCAAUAUGAAGGCUCAAGGAAGGUUGAGAAUGAAUUGUGUAAUGAUGCGGGGCGUGAACGAUGACGAAAUUAUCCCCUUCGUCGAGUUUGCAAUGAAAAAGAAACUGAAUGUACGAUUCAUUGAGUAUAUGCCAUUUGAUGGUAAUCGCUGGAGCGACAACAAGUUUGUCAGCUACAUGGAAAUGCUCGAUGUGAUCAAGAAACGUUUUCCGUCAUUUCAUCGCAGAAGAGACGAAGACAAAGCGAACGACACCUCGAAGGCCUGGAAGAUUGAAGGAGAAGAGGGAAGUGUAGGCUUCAUUACCUCGAUGUCGCAACAUUUCUGCGGUUCCUGCAACCGUCUAAGAAUUACUGCAGACGGGAGCAUCAAAGUUUGUCUCUUUGGCAACGAGGAAGUUUCUUUAAGGGAUCGCAUGCGCAGCGGCGACGGCGAUGAUCAGCUUCUCGACGUCAUUCACGCUGCGGUUUGGAGGAAAGCAGCGAAACAUGGCGGCAACGGGGACAUGCAUGAACUGGCAUCGAGCAAGAACAGGCCAAUGAUCAAGAUAGGAGGAUGA